CAGCUGCUUCCGGCUGGGCUCUGAGGGGCGGCCGGAAGUGGCUCCUUCGACGGCGAGGCCAUGGCGGCAGGAGGCUCCCCGGCGGAGCGGCAACCGCCGCCUUUCCCCGCAGCGGAGGAGGAGGCUGCGGAGGGCGUCCCUGAGGGAGAGAGCGACUCCGAGGGGGAGGACAUCUUCACCGGCAGCGCAACUAAGCCAACGUCUCCUAAAACGGAAUCACCUGUACAUGAAAGAAGCAACUCCAAAACGAAUGGUAUUCAGGAUGAAGAAGAUGAUCAGGACCUAUUUGCAGACGCCACAGUGGAGUUGUCCUUGGAUAGUACACAAAACAACCAGAAGAAGGAGACAACUACUGUUUUCAGUCCCAUCCCUUCUCUAGAGAGAACAGCAAAUUCCUCUUCCAAGCAUCAGCUGAAAACCUACGAGGAGCUAGAAGAGGAAGAACAAGAAGACAAAUUUGAACUUUCAGUAGGCGUGAGUGAUCCUGAGAAGAUUGGAGAUGGUAUGAACGCCUAUGUAGCCUACAAGGUAUCAACUCAGACCACUUUGCCAAUGUUUAGGAAUAAGCAGUUCUCAGUAAAGAGAAGGUUCAGUGACUUCUUGGGCUUGUAUGAGAAACUGUCAGAGAAACACGCACAAAAUGGAUUCAUUGUCCCCCCACCUCCUGAGAAGAGUUUAAUAGGAAUGACCAAAGUAAAAGUUGGAAAAGAAGAUUCAUCUUCUACAGAAUUCCUAGAAAAACGGCGAGCAGCCUUAGAAAGGUAUCUUCAAAGAACUGUAAGUCAUCCAACCAUGCUGCAAGACCCAGACGUCAGGGAAUUCCUGGAAAAAGAUGAGCUGCCGCGAGCUGUUGGUACCCAAACAUUAAGUGGUGCUGGCCUCUUGAAGAUGUUCAACAGAGCCACUGAUGCUGUCAGCAAAAUGACCAUUAAGAUGAAUGAAUCUGACAUCUGGUUUGAGGAGAAGCUUCAGGAGGUGGAGUGUGAAGAGCAACGCCUGCGGAAGCUGCAUGCUGUUGUAGAAAUGCUUGUUAAUAACCGGAAAGAACUAUCACUGAAUACGGCUCAGUUUGCAAAGAGUUUAGCCAUGCUGGGGAGUUCGGAGGACAACACCGCCCUGUCCCGGGCACUCUCCCAGCUGGCUGAGGUGGAAGAGAAAAUUGAACAGCUGCACCAAGAACAAGCCAACAAUGACUUCUUUCUGCUAGCUGAGCUCCUGAGUGAUUACAUUCGCCUUCUUUCUGUUGUAAGGGGUGCCUUUGACCAACGAAUGAAGACCUGGCAGCGUUGGCAGGACUCCCAGAUCAUGCUGCAAAAAAAACGAGAAACAGAGGCUCGGUUGCUGUGGGCCAACAAACCUGAGAAGCUCCAGCAAGCCAAAGAGGAGAUCUCAGAGUGGGAAUCUCGUGCAACACAGUACGAACGGGACUUUGAACGGAUAUCUACGGUUCUCCGCAAAGAAGUGUUGCGGUUUGAGAAGGAAAAAACAAAAGAUUUCAAGACCAGUGUGACCAAAUACCUGGAGACGUUAUUACAUUCACAACAGCAGCUUGUGAAGUAUUGGGAAGCAUUCCUGCCAGAGGCAAAGGCCAUCUCCUAACUAGGCUAAGCAAACGCACGUCCCGGACUGACUUUGCCUUUACUACAUUUAUACCUCUUGGCCUUUCAGAUGAAUCUUGCCAAGCUGAUAGACUUCUCCGCAAAGGAGCAGCUUUCCCAGCUAUAACUCUUCUAACUAUAUAUUUUUCAUUUAGGUUCAUAUGCACAAUAUAUAUUUUCCUACUGAAGAGAGACUAGUUUCCUGCUUAUGUCGGGCCCCGCAGUAGAUAGCGGAGUAUGGGCAGGGGUUAAUGCAUAUUCCUUGGACUUUUGGUAUCAGACCCAGGAAUGCUCCCUAUGAUUCCUGCAGUGCAAUGAUAACUAUGUAAUAAAACUCAAAAAAUCAGG